AGAGGGAACAGGUGGCCGCGCUGAGCAGAGCGCAGCAGGCUCAUAACUGCCAGAGUUCUGGGGUAAAAGAUACUCCUCUCUCCCCAUGCUUAAUCCAGCUCGGUUACGCCGAGUAUAGAAGGCGGGCAGCUCUGUCCCACUUUUAAUCCAGCCCUGGCGGCCCUCGGUGACGGCGACGAAGCUGACCUGAAGGCCAAGGAGGGAACCCCAGUUUUGGACGCCUCUGCCAAACACCCAGCGUCCGAGGAGGCUUCCCUGGGAGGAGAGCAGAGGAUGGAGAAGGACGGAGGGUCUUGCAGCACCCCCGGCACAGAAGGGGGAGGAGAAGCACCUGCCGUGGGCCUGGAGGGGCCAAGAGAAGGAGCGGAAGCCGGGCCUGAAGAGCCAAGCCAGGCGGCGAAAGCGGAAGGGGGAGCAGGGCAGGAGGUGGCCAAGGCAGUGGAAGAGAGCCACACGCAGCCUGAAGAGCCAAGCCACGCCAACGUGGCAGGAGGGGAGGGGAGCCACGAAAGCCCACCAAGCGCCCAGCAGAAGCACCUUGAACUUCAGCAGAGCCUCAGCUGCCCAGCACACCUGCCCAGCCUGGCAGAUAUUCCGGAAGAGGCUCCGUCAGAUCUCAAGAAGCUGACUCCUCAAGAACCGGCUGCUCCAACCCACAAAGCGGUCCCGCCACCCCCCGGGGAAGCCAAGAAGGCCCCUGAUUUGGCGCAGGCCCCGGCGGCAGAGCAACCGAGCCCAGCUGAUCAAGGAGAAAGGACCUUGGCCGAACCCCCUCCCUUAGCCCUGGGGGGCACAACUCAGGGUGCUGGUGAGCCCAGCGUCUCCGCAGAGCAGCCGCCGUCGGGGGAAAGCGAGAGCGCGGCAACCCCUGAAGAGGUUCCGGAUACCCCAACCAGCCCAUACCUCACUCCAGACUUUGGCAAAGAGGACCCGUUCCUGAUUUUGGAUGACACACCUCCCCCACCUGCUCCCUUCACCCACCGCAUCGUCCAGCUGAGGACGGGAGAUUUCAAAGACACCUACAGCAUCAAUACCAAGGAGAUGCUGGGAGGGGGGAAGUUUGGAGAAGUCCGUACGUGUGCAGUGAAGGAGACGGGCCUUAAGCUGGCCGUAAAAAUUAUUAAGAAGCAGGGGCCGAAAGACAGGGAGGCGGCCGAGGUGGAAAUCGACGUGAUGAAUCAGCUGAACCACAGGAACCUGAUCCAGCUAUACGACGCCAUCGAGACUCCGAGGGACAUUAUGCUCUUCAUGGAGUUCGUGGAGGGUGGCGAGCUCUUUGAGCGGAUCAUCGACGAGGAUUACCAGCUGACGGAGGUGGACUGCAUGGUGUUUGUGCGGCAGAUCUGUGACGGGAUCCUCUUCAUGCACCACAUGAGCGUUCUCCACCUGGACCUCAAGCCUGAGAACAUCCUGUGUGUGACCUCGACCGGCCACAUGGUGAAGAUAAUUGAUUUUGGACUUGCCCGAAGGUACAACCCAAGAGAGAAGCUGAAAGUGAACUUUGGCACCCCUGAGUUCCUGUCUCCGGAGGUGGUUAGCUACGAGCAGGUCUCCUACACCACGGAUAUGUGGAGCAUGGGGGUCAUCACCUACAUGCUGCUGAGCGGACUCUCCCCUUUCUUGGGCGACAACGACACAGAAACCCUCAACAACGUCCUGGCAGCCAACUGGUAUUUUGACGAGGAAGCUUUUGAGGGCAUCUCCGAGGAAGCCAAGGACUUUGUCUCCAACUUGAUUAUCAAGAACAAAAGCGGACGCCUGAGCGCCGCACAGUGCCUGCAACACCCCUGGCUCAACAACUUGGGAGACAAAGCCAAGCGGGUCAACCGGCGGCUGAAAUCCCAGGUCCUGCUCCGAAAAUACGUGAUGAAGAGGCGAUGGAAGAAAAACUUCAUCGGCGUCUGUGCUGCGAACCGGUUCAAGAAGAUCACCAGCGCGGGAUCCCUGACCGCGUUGGGCGUCUGAGUGGCGGGGCUGGAAGCGGGCAGAAUCGAGCGACAUGUGGACGGAAAGGGGGCAGGGGGAACCCCAACGGGAAGCUUGAACUGUGUUGUGCUCCUUGGUGCCCCACGUCUCAGGGACUUGCUUGGGCAAGAGGAUUGGGCCCUGCCCCAGAGGUGGCUCCAUCCCGGAGAGCUGGAGGCAAGAAGCCGGUGGAUGCCGGCCUGGAACAUUUCAGCAGGGAAGCUCCUUCCAUGUGUAGGAAAUUUGCUCUCUCCAAUAGCAGCCCCAUAUUCCCGCGCAGUUCCCACUAAGCGAGUCUUCCCCACCUCUCCAUAUUGUCUGACUUGAGCACCGUCCUCCUGUUUAGUGGACAUUGUGCUGCCUCUCCUUCUUGGACUCCACGCUCCACACAAACCCACCUUUGUGGGUGCCGUGCUGUUUUUGGACUGCUGCUAAGGACCUCAUCCGACAUACGUCUGACCGUUUUCUGCUUCCAAGGGACCUUCCGAAACCACCGCAGCCAACUGCGUCUCCUUGCUACGCCUUGUUUUUUGCCUCCGAUUCCACCGUGCAGACUUUAAGGGAACUGGUUUCUGGGUUUCUGGCUGCGGCUUGGCUGAACUGCGGUUUCCCCGCUGUGACUGUCCUCUCCCCAGCCGCUGGGACUGGUUCUGUAACCCACAGGGCUUUAUCCCCAGCGAGCCAAAAUCUUGACCCCCCCGGUGCUGUGGAGAGCAGCACCUUCCCAAGCCCCAGGUUUGUGCUUACAGGGGGUAUUGGAUCCCCACCCCCACCCCACCCCCCGACUGAGAAAGAUGGCUCCCAAACCUUUCCUAUAAGGAUUUUGCCAACCCUGCCAACCCUGCGCCCUUCUCCCUUUGCAGAAUGGCUUCUCUGCUUCCAAUCUGCUUGCACCACCCACAAACCGAUCGCUACCUUGACACACACACCCCAGACCUCUCUGCUCUGCCUUUUUGCACAGAAGUUGUGCCUCAUGACCCUGCUUAGGAAGGCCUUGUCCGUUCCUGACCCCGCUACCCCCUCCCCAGGGCGUGCUCCCGGCCAGUUAGCAGUGCCCCCUGCAUGCUCUUGGAGUUAGCUGGGGUUCCUUUAGCACAAGCAAUGCCUUGCAGAUCCCCUCCACCAAAAACACACACACCAAAAACAACCCCAAGGACUUGAACCCCACUGUGCCAUGCCGGCUUGGACUGCUGUGAGAAGCUGAUAAUGCGGACAGGAAACUGCCUUUUCCGGCCUGCGCACUCGGAGAUCCUCUAGGCUCUGGGCGUGCAGGAAGCAAACAACCGGCAUUCCAGCAGGAGCAUCCCCAGAUGGGCAGCUGGUGCAGAGGAGGAGCUGGAGAAAAAGAAGACAGCAUUGUGCAAAACCACUUUGUGCUAACCUCUUUGCCCUCCUGAGCUGCCGAAGGGUCUGGAAGGGGAAGGGGAGAGGUGGAAGGGGGUGGGGGGAGAGCAAGGCUCUUGCAUCCCUCACCCCCCCACCAGAGGAAGAGGGGAAGGAGAUGGACUAAUGAAGACCAUCUGGGCUGGGCUGGCCUCGCCACUGCCGCCUCCUUGCCCAUCUGAAAGGGCUGCUUCAGAGCCGGCCACCAACGGAGAGGAACUGCUCCGAGUGUGCCUGUUGAGUGGAGAUCUCCUCCAUCAGCCCAGGGUCACUCCCCUGCAGAUCCCGCGAAACCGGCCUCAAACGGAACUGCAGGCCAAAGCCGAGCGUGUUUUGCAAAAACCUCUUUUAUUAUUUAAACUUCCCUCCAACUCCCCGUUAGGUUAAUGACCCAGAAUAACCCGGGUAAACGUAGUUCCGUGGAAGGGUGUGGGGGGAAGCAGGGGUGUUGACAACAGUUUAAUUGUGGCUUUCAGUUCCUGCAGCACUGUGGUGUGCUUUGGGAAUCCUCACUGCAUGUGUCUUUCCCGCAGCCGAGCCAGGUAGGUCACUCGUGAGCCCAUUUUCCUGAUGGGCAAGCUGAGGCCAGAAGGAACCGGUACAAGGUACGUGUGGACUGCCACCGAAAGGAGAAACCUGGGGUCUCUCCCAUCUCCUGCUUAGCAGGGGGUUGGACUGGAUGGCCCUUGUGGUCUCUUCCAACUCUAUGAUUCUACGAUUCCUGGUAAUAUGUACAGGCUGCCCCAACCUGACGCCUGCCAGAUGUUCUGGACUACAACUCCCAACAACAUCACCCAGCAUAUCUGCUGGCCAGGGAUGGUGUUGGAAGGGCAGUAGCCCAGUGGCAGAACACCAGUCCCAGGUUCCAUCCCUGGCAUCUCCAGGUAGGGCCAGGAAAACACCCCACUUGAAGCCCUUGGACAGCUACUGCAAGUCAGUAUAAGCAAUGCUCAGCUGAAUGGACCCGUGAGUCUGACUUGGAAUCAUGCAACAUCAUAUUUUCCAAUGUGAUGGAAGGGGGUGGACUCUGCUUCCUGGGAGGUUUCUAAGCAGAGAUUGGAUGCCCAUCUG